ACAUCGAUCUUCCAGCCGUCUUUGUGACACAGAGAAUGAUGGGUGCCUGUAAAGCCGUGACCUUGCUGAGCGCCGUGACCGCUGCGGCACUGGCUGUGUACGCCUACUCCUCCCUCCCUCCUGACGUCACGGAACCCGGCAAGGUGGUCAUGUUCAAGGCCGUGUUCCUGACUUUCAGCCUCAUCGGAAGUACAUACGAGAAGAUGGGCUUCGGUGAGAGGGCGGACCUGUUCCGCAAGAUCGGCAUCAAACCCGCCUUCCUGGAGUCCGAUUCGAACCUGGAGGUUACCGACUCUUCCUUCAGCGGAGUUCAAGUUCGGAUCUACAAACCACAACUCCAGAAAGGAGUGAUAGGGAGCAAACGGACGGGGCUGGUGUUCUUUCAUGGAGGAGGAUGGGUCCUUGGCUCUGUUCAUGCGUACGAUUUACUGGUUGGACGCCUUGCACUGGGAACUGGGGCUGUAGUCGUGUCGGUGGAAUAUCGGCUUGCACCUAAACACAAGUUCCCCAUUCCGUUUGAAGACUGCCUUACGGCUACCCAACAUUUCCUCCAACACGCCAGUGAGUACGGAGUCGACCCCACAAGAAUCGGUGUGGCAGGGGACAGUUCUGGCGGCAACCUGGCUGCCGCGGUCGCUCUGCGGCUGAAUAAGGACGACAAAAAGAAGUUCCCGCCAUUAAAACUCCAAGCGUUGAUCUACCCUGCUCUGCAAGCGUUGGACUUUCAGACCCCUUCUUACGUCAGUGGGCACAGUUUAUACGUGAACCUCCCUGCUAAGCUAAUGAUCGGAUUCUGGGUAAAAUAUCUCAACAACAACAUGUCCCUGGUCGAGACAUUUGCAAACAAUGAGCACACAGCUGCACUGAUGAAGUCGCAUUUUGCCUCUUACGUUGACCGACACUUUCUCGACGACUCCGUGCCAAGAUUGGUCCCUGAAGACGUUAGGAUAGAUCUACCAGACGACAUGAAGGACCUCCUGAACCCCUACUAUUCUCCGCUGAUGGCAGAAGACGCCGACUUGUCCGGACUGCCCAACACUUACGUCACUGUUUGUGGCACGGACGUCCUGAGGGAUGACGGGAUCAUGUACGCCAAGAGGCUGGAAAUGGCGGGAGUUCAGGUCCGACUGGCCCGCUACCCGUCAGCCUUCCACGGUGUCAUGUCCAUGAACUUGGCCUUGAAGCAUUUUGAAUUUGAGCUCGGAAAACAGAUGCUACAGGACUUAGUAACAUACAUUCGUGAGCUGCUCUAAUAUAUCUAAUAUAUAUACUAGUAGUUUUCCAUAUGAUGUUUAAGGAAACACAGCUUUUUGUGGGCUAGGCCAUUGGAUCCCUUCUUUUGUAGAAAGUAUGGCAAAUAAGUGAUGAAAUAUUUUCUUGUCUUCAUGUUCAAGAACUUUCACAUUACUUCAUUAUUAGUCUAAGCUAGGAGGAUUAGCCUCCUCGGUCUAAAGACGAAAGAAUGUAAGGAUGUCGAUUCCUCACCAAGAAAAUGAAGUUGAACAACAGAACAGAUAAUCCAUCAAUUCAAUGCAAUACAUAUUCUAUGCUG